GAGCAGCCUCUGGGCGGAGUAUCGGGAGAUUGAUGGCUUUACUUGCGUGUUCCCACUCUCUCACCCUCUUUUAGUUUGGUAUCGCACAGAAAAACGUGGGAUUGCUUGGGAACUCCAGAUCGGACGGAGCGGAUUGAGCUGAGAGCGCGCACACAGUUCAAGCUUUCGACUCGUGAACGGAUAACACGCGCUGCAUUCUGUCGUCAUUAAUCCUCUAUCGGUUUUAACUGAAGUCAAGUGCAGUCGGAAAGAGUGAGCGACAAAGACAUGCGUAACCUUGUAGAAAGACAGUGGGAGGAUCUGGGUUGGUAGUUCUGUAUCCAGACAUAACGCUUAACCUGGAUUGAGUUGCAUCUAUAUAAAGUUUAAACUGCAGCUCCAAGAUGGCAUCCAGUCUUACCUGUGCAGGUGUGGUUUGGGCUCUGUUGUCCUUUCUGUGUGCCGCUGCGUCAUGCGUGGGCUUCUUUAUGCCAUACUGGCUCCUUGGGUCGCAGAUGGGUAAGCCAGUGUCUUUUGGAACGUUCCGACGCUGUUCUUAUCCGGUACGGGACGAAGCCCGUGGUGGGACGGUGAUGUUGGAGCAGUGUGGACGCUAUGCCUCCUUCCAGGGGAUCCCGAGUCUGGAAUGGAGAAUCUGCACUGUGGUGACGGGGACGGGAUGUGGGCUUCUGCUUCUGGUGGCCCUCACGGCACUGAUGGGAUGCUGCGUCACGGAUCUGAUCUCUCGCACCAUUGGACGGGUGGCCGGGGGAAUACAGUUUGUGGGGGGUUUGUUGAUCGGGUCUGGGUGUGCCUUGUAUCCUUUAGGCUGGGACAGUGAAGAGGUCAAACAAACGUGCAGCAACAGUUCUGACCAAUUUGAUCUCGGCUCUUGUGAGAUCGGAUGGGCUUAUUAUUGCACAGGCGCUGGGGCCGUCAUAGCCAUGCUGCUGUGUACGUGGAUGGCAUGCUUUGCGGGGAAAAAACAGAAACAUUACCCAUAUUGAACACUACAAAUAGGGGCAUGAUAAGACUUUCACUCUCAGAUUAAGAGAGAAUCUACAUCCAGCAUACAUGAAGAUUAUCUAUAACCGAACUUUGACCUUUCUACAUCGGCGAUCAAUUAAAAUGUGUCCUGUGACUGACCUUUGACCUGCAUUGGGAUCCUUUAGUACCGUAUGUGCUAGUGGGAUUUAAAAGGAAAGGUAAGCUAAUGACUUUUGGAAAAGUGCAGUGUUUUGUUUUUUCAAAAGGACCAACUGUUUUAUUGCUCCAUCUAUGUGUUGUAUUUUCAUUAUGUAUGUGUAAGUACAGUAUUCUUGGUACAGUGUGUAUUUGUGUAUUAUUAUAAUCUAUUAUAUAUUAUGUGUUUAUGUUCUGUUGGUGGCUUGUUAUUGCCUAAAACAUUUCUUCUGCAAUAAUAUGCAUCUUACGGGGACUGUGCAUUUGUAUUUUGUUUGGCAUAUAUAUAUAUUGUCUAAUAUAAUCUCUUGUUUAAUAUUGUAGAGUAUACAACUUUUAAAUAACGGAUGCAUACAUGUACAAAUAUUUCAUUAUAUUUGUAAAUAAAUACUGUUGUUUGAGCAUAAUAAUAAUAAUGUUAUGCAUACCAUUAAAAAGAUGGGAUUUCAGUUACAUAUAAACACUUUUUUGUCUUUAACCCCUUAUAAUUAAACCUUAAACUGUAAAUGUCAAUGCAAUGAUCUGUAUAUUAAACUGAUUGUAUGUUUCUCUUUUCGAA